GACCUCCCUAUGGCGCCUGGCUCGAAUGACAAUCACCAUGCCAGUCGCCUUCUUCAGUCCGCAAGCUCAUGUCUGCCUCCCGCUAACUUCCCCGGUUGAUAUACCCUCCCGCCAUUCAAAAUAAAAUGUCCUCCCGCUCAUCUGACACCGUCUUCGCAGACCAAGAAAAGCAGCAAGCCCGGGGCGGUGUGAACGCCUGGGAGAAGGACCCAGAGCGGCAGAAGGCCGACGCACCAGAGCCUAGCAGCAAUACAGACGGCACAGGAACCUCCGCUUCUGAACCACCGGAUGACGAUGAGUACGCGGUCACUCUGGGUCCCGAGGACGACCCCAAGAGGAUCGGCACUGGCAGGAAGUGGUUGAUCACCCUCGUCAUCUGCAACGCCGCUCUGUGUGCGACGUUCGCAUCUUCUAUUGCCUCGUUCACAGAGACUGGCCUGCAGCGCGAUCUACAUACAGUGCGCGAAGUAACGGUCCUGAGUAUCAGUCUGUAUGUCCAGGGUCUAGCGUUGGGUCCGUUACUCUUCGCCCCAUUGUCCGAGGUGUACGGUCGUAACAAUGUCUAUCGCAUCUCGUAUUUCUUGUUCUGGGUCUUCACAUGGCCUAUAGCCUUCCCGCCAGACAUUGAGACAUUCCUCGUCUUCCGCUUUCUCACCGGAUUCUCAAGCUCCGCGUUCUUGAGUGUCGCAGGCGGCAGCGUCAGUGACCUGUUCGACAACAGGAACGUUGCGACGCCGAUGGGCGUAUACACCUUAUCCCCCUUCUUCGGUCCCGUUCUAGGGCCCUUGAUUUCUGGCUUUAUCUGUCAGAACACGAACUGGCACUGGGCGUAUCGUGUCUGUCUCAUAUACGAGUUCGUGACUUUGGUAUCGCUGCUCCUGUUUGUGCCGGAGACGUAUGUCCCCGUUCUGUUGAAGAGAAAGGCCGCAAGAUUGCGGAAGGAGACGGGCAAUGGGAAGUAUUGGGCUCCGCUCGAUCGCCGGGAGGGUUCGAUUACGCAUUCAAUCAUGCUGAGCAUCUACACUCCAUUCAAACUAAUGUUCUUUGACAAGAUGGCGUUAUCUCUGAACACUUGGAACUCGCUUACUCUCGGCAUUCUCUAUUUGACCUUCGAAGCGUUCCCUGUCAUUUUUGGCGACGUGCAUGGGUUCACAUACCAGGAGACAGGUCUGGCCUUCCUUGGCAUGGGUAUCGGUAUGUUCGGUGCCCUGUCAACCCAAGGCCUCUGGAACCGAUACCACCACAACGUCGCCGCACGGCACGGCGGGAAGCUCCCGCCCGAGACCCGCCUCGUCAUGGGCAUGGUCGGCGGGGUGCUCGCGCCCAUCGGGCUCUUCUGGCUGGCGUUCACGACGUACCGCGCGGUGCCGUGGAUCAUCCCCAUCAUCGCCUCGUCGCUCUUCGGCGCGGCGGUCUACUUCAUCUUCACGUCGACGUUCACGUACCUCGUCACCGCGUACCGGCCCAUCGCGGCGAGCGCGAUGGCGAGCAACACCGCGCUGCGGUGCACGUUCGCCGCGGCGUUCCCGCUGUUUGCGGUCCAGAUGUAUGAUCGCCUGACGACGGUCGGCGCGACUGCCCUCCUGGCGGCUGACUUGUGUCUUAGGUUCCUCUAUUACAGAUGGGGUGAGAGGCUGAGGGCACAGUCCAAGUUCGCCGCCGUAGACCUCUGACAAAGGGUUCCUGCCCCGAAGCAUUUAUUUAUCCUUGUUUCAUUGUUUGACUGGGACGCAUUCUGUAGACAACUGUACUACCAUCUCGGGAAUUACGACUCGCAAUGCUCGGUUCACGCUGUCAUUUGUAUGUAGUAGCUGUCGCCUCACUUUUAGAUUAGUACCCUGGCAUAAUGACAUUUCUUGACGCAUGGGACCCCUUCAAUCGUCCUGGUCACCUAGAUCACUGACUAUUACGUACUCAGACUCAGUACUCAGAACUCAGAGGCAACCGUCCAGU